AACCAAAACAAACCCAGCUGAUUAGAAGCAGAAGACCUCGAUUACAGUAACCGGUCGUCAGGCUCACUGCUCGCUGCUUCUUUCUCCAUUUUAAUUGAGUUAUUCGGCUAUUUUAAUCGUUGAUAUUCACAACCUGUGCCUUUAGUCAUGUUUUUAGUUGGCCUGACGGGGGGCAUUGCCACCGGGAAGAGCACGGUGAGCUUGAUGAUGAAAGAGCUCGGGGUGCCUGUGGUAGACGCGGAUCUCAUCGCUAGACAAAUUGUAGAACCUGGAAAGAAAGCUUGGAAGAAGAUCCGUCAAGUUUUUGGGGAGGAGGUCUUUCUGGAAUCAGGUGAAAUAGACAGGGCAAAACUAGGCGCUGUAGUGUUUGCAGACAUAGAGAAGCGAAGGGCAAUCAACAAAAUCACGCACCCCCUGAUUUAUAGUGAAAUACGCUAUCAGGUCUUCAAGUAUCUGCUGAAAGGUGAACAGUUUGUAGUGUUGGAUCUUCCUUUGCUCUACGAAAGCAACAAGGUGACCUCGUAUCUAUACAAGACGAUUGUUGUGGCAUGUGAAGACGAGAUUCAGUUAGAGCGUUUACUGACAAGAAAUCAGUACACAGAGAAAGAGGCCAUUGCUCGCAUUGAAGCCCAGAUGCCACUUGAGAAGAAAUGUUCCAUGGCUGAUAUCAUUAUUGAAAACUCAGGAAGUCUAGCAAAUACAAGGAAACAAGUGGAAGGCAUAGUGAGAUUAUUAAGAAGUUCCAAUUACCACAUCUACAACCGCGUAGUCUACGGAGGCAUGCUCCUAGCAUUCAUCUCCUUGGCGAUCUUCUUGCUGUAUUGGUUUUGCCUCGGAUGAUGAGCAUGAUUGAUUACUGUCAUUUCAUGUGACUAGUUUGACGACAGGUGCACUUUUUAUUAUAUUCUUCUGGGACUGAAUGUGAUGAAAACUUUUUCAUUCCUCAGGAUUUUUUAAGGGAACAGGUGUGUUUGUGAAGAAAAGAUUGCAGUAUGUAAUUUUUGAUAGGGAGUUUUUAAAAGAAUUAUCAUUUUUCGUGAUUAUUUUAUGAGGACUGGUUGAGUCGUACUCACUUCUAUACAGUGUAAGUGACUUGUGGAUAAGUUUAAGUGCGAAAUAAGCAUAGUAAUCCACCAAUGAGUAUGAAUGAAAGUCCAGAACUGAUGACUGCAAUUCUUCAUUUACAUUUUUAUAGACAAGUUUAUUUGGGUGAUUUAUGUAAAUUUAAUACUCAAAGAGAGAGGAUUGUUUUCAUUGCAUUUGCUUGUUCAGAAACCCAUAUUUACAUUAUUAAUACAAGUUUAUUUUAAUAUAUUUUGUAAUUUUAAUGUUCGUAGAUAAGAAUUUUAAAGUAAAUGGUUAAUGUUAAAAAACGUUUGCUUUUUUUUUUUUUUCUUCAAUGUAUUAUCCAUAUUUAAUACACGUGUACUGUAUGUGAAAAAUAUUGUUGUGACGUAAUGAAUAUGCUGCAAGGCUGUGAAUCUUUCAAAUAAUGAACGUCUUGUAUAGUAUAUGUCAAAAUAUCAUUAUAUUUUAAAAGUUUCUCUUUAUAUGUAUAAGAGUGUAAGCUCCUAUGGUAAUUAUGUUGGUGCACAACUAGUUGUAUACUUAAACCCUGUGUUUUCUCAAAUUACAAAGUAACAUAUCAGCGUAGAAAAAAAAAAAAAAAUUAUAUUUUUU